AUGGUGACAUUUAUGAAGAAAAUUAUAAAAUCCAAUGAACACAAAGUUGCAGUUGAAAAAUCAAAAGUUGAAUCAAUAAAAAUUGUAACAACAGAAGCUACUCGUGAUUCAGAUAACAAAAAAAAUAACUGUGAUGUUUCAAGUAAUGCUAAAAAUAUACAAACUGCUUCUUCAAAUGAACACUCAAGUGAAAAAUUACAUAUGAUUGAUUUUAUUAAACAGGAAGAAGCAUCAUUUAUAGAACAAAGUAUUACAAUUAAAGAUGAAAUGUUGCCAGUCACAGAUGAUUCAAUUGAUGUUGACAAAAUGAAUAACUCGAAUGAUCACUCAAUUGGACUAGGAAUGAAUUCGAAUGAAAUUUCUAAUUCGUACAACAAUAAUAAUCAAAGUUGCUCGAAUAAAGUCAUUGACAAUAUUAAACAUCAAAAAAACACAAGACUGAGUACUGGAUCACUUGCUCCUAAAAAAUAUAGUUUUUGUGAUGAAAUUUCUUUUCAAGAAAGAGCACGUGUAGUUAAAUUGGCAACUGAAAAUCCAACUUGGUCAUUAAGUAUGUUGAGGAAACAUAGUGGAUGUAAAAAUAUUCAUAACUAUGAUCAAGUUGGAGUGUGGAAAAAACAGAUACAACAAGGAGGAUCAAAUCGUGAAAAAAAAAAUUGUAUGGAAGAAUUUGAUAAACAUCAGUUUAAGGAAAUUGAUCAACAAUUGUUUACUGACUUAUUUAAUGCUUGUUGGGAACUUUUAAAAAGUAAAGAAUAUUAUCUCUGUCAACGUGAAACCAAUAUAUUUUCAAAGAUGUCAUUAAAUUAUGGUCAUGACAUGUUUGAGGCCAUGGUGAUAUUUAUGAAGAAAAUUAUAAUAUCCAAUAAACAUAAAGCUGUCAUUAAAAAAUCAAAAGUUGCAUCAAUAAAAAUUGUAACAGCAGAAACAUCUCGUAACUUAGGUUAUGGUGAUAAUUAUAAUCAACAACAACAAGUUGACAAAGAAGAAGCAUCAUUUAUAGAACAAAGUAUUACAAUUCAAGAUGAAAUGUUGCCAGUCACAGAUGAUUCAAUUGAUGUUGACAAAAUGAAUAACUCGAAUGAUCACUCAAUUGGACUAGGAAUGAAUUCGAAUGGAAUUUCUAGUUCGUACAACAAUAAUAAUCAAAGUUGCUCGAAUAAAGUCAUUGACAAUGUUGAUCAUCAAAAAAACACAAGAAUUAGUACUGGAUCACUUGCUCGUAAAAAAUAUAGUGUUUAUACAGGAGAAGAUGAUGAACUAAGCUCUACUACAGACGAAAAAUACUAUGAUGAUGAUGAUGAUGAUGUGAAUUGCCUAAAUCAAAAUGAAAAUCUUGAAGAUAAAAUUAAAAUAAUUGACGGUAUCUCUUUCGAAGAAAAAACACGUGUAAUUAAAUUGGCAAUAGAAAAUCCAAAUUGGUCAUUAGACUUGUUGAGAGAACACAGUGGAUAUAACGAUAAAAAUAACUUUGAUGAUUCAAGUAAGGCUGGAAAUAUACAAAUUGCUUCUUCUAAUGAAAACUCAAUUGACAAAUUACAUAUGCUUGAUUUUAUUAAAAAGGAAGAAGAAUUAUUUACAGAACAAAGUAUAACCAUUAAAGAUGAAUUGUUGUCAAUUACAGAUGACUCACUUGAUGCUGAUGAAAUAAAUAAUUCUCACGAUCACUCAAUUGGACUAAAAAUAGAGUCAAAUAAAAUUUCCAAUUUAUUUAAAAAUAAUCAUCAAAGUUGUUCGAAUGAAGUCAUUGAAAAUGUUGAACAUCAAAGAAACACAAGAAUUCGUACUGGAUCACUUGCUCCUAAAAAAUAUAGUUUUUAUACAGAAGAGGAUGAUGAUCUAAGUUCUACCACAGACAAAAAUGACCUCGAUGAUGAUGAUGAUAAUGGUAAUGUUAGUGUUGAUGCUGAUGACGAUGCUGAUGACGAUGUAAAAACACGUGUAGUUGAAUUGGCAACAGAAAAUCCAACAUGGUCAUUAAAUAUGUUGAGAAAACACAGUGGAUGUAAAAAUAUUGAUGGCCGCCGUCAAAUUGAAGUGUGGGAAGAACAUAUUGAACAAGGAGGAUCUUAUCGUGAAAGAAUGAUUUUUUUAAAUAACUGCAAAAAAAAAUCAUCUUCUUACUUAAGAGUUUCGGUUCCCUAUGAUAUUAAAGUUAGAGUUGUUAAUCUUGCAAAUAAAAAUCCACGUUGGAGUCUGAAAAUGCUGAGAGAAGGAAGUGGUUGUAAAAAUCUUGAAACUAUGAAUCAACUCAACUAUUGGAAAAAAGUCAUGGAAGAAUUUGAUAAACAUCAGUUUAAGAAAAUUGAUCAACAAUUGUUUACUGAGUCAUUUAAUGCUUGUUGGGAACUUUUAAAAAGUAAAGAAUAUUAUCUCUGUCAACGUGAAACCAAUAUAUUUUCAAAGAUGUCAUUAAAUUAUGGUCAUGACAUGUUUGAGGCCAUGGUGAUAUUUAUGAAGAAAAUUAUAAUAUCCAAUAAACAUAAAGCUGUCAUUAAAAAAUCAAAAGUUGCAUCAAUAAAAAUUGUAACAGCAGAAACAUCUCGUAACUUAGGUUAUGGUGAUAAUUAUAAUCAACAACAACAAGUUGACAAAGAAAAAAAAUUAUUUACAGAACAAAGUAUAACCAUUAAAGAUGAAAUGUUGUCAAUUACGGAUGAUUCAAUUGAUGUCGACAAAAUGAAUAACUCGAACGAUCACUCCAUUGGACUAGAGAUAAAGUCAAAUGAAAUUUCCAAUUUAUUCAAUGGUAAUAAUCAAAGUUGCUCGAAUAAAGUCAUUGACAAUCUUGAUCAUCAAAAAAACACAAGAAUUAGUACUGGAUCACUUGCUCGUAAAAAAUAUAGUGUUUAUACAGGAGAAGAUGAUGAACUAAGCUCUACUACAGACGACAAUUACUCUGAUGAUGAUGAUGUGAAUUGCUUAAAUCAAAAUGAAAAUCUUGAAGAUAAAAUCAAAAUAAUUGACGAUAUCUCUUUCGAAGAAAAAACACGUGUAGUUAAAUUGGCCAGCGAAAAUCCAAGUUGGUCAUUAGACUCGUUGAGAGAACACAGUGGAUGUCCUUACUGGCUAACAAUGUUCAAAAAAAACUAUGAAAUAACUGGUAAACCAAAUAAUCUAAGGAUUGAUUGUAAUUCUCUAAGAAAGGAAUCAUUUACUUUCUCGAAAAUUUUCGUUCCCCAUGAAAUAAAAGCUAAAAUUGUUAAUCUUGCAAACGAAAAUCCUCAUUGGAAUUUAAAAAUGCUAAGAGAGCAAAGUGGUUGUAAUAAUCUUGAAACUAUGAAUCAACUUUACCGUUGGAAAAGAGUUGUUAGAAAUUUAAAUAAUAAAAGAGCUACUUGUCUUUCCACAUAA